GCCUGUGGGAUUUCUUGUCCGAUUUCCUCCCAUGACGGAGGAAGAAAAAAAAAGAGUCAUUUACGACCCCAGAUUUCGCGAAGUUACCAGGAUCUAAUUGAACUAAUAACACAUAGCACCUAGGACUCACGAAUUCUUGCCAUUCUUCUCAUACCCUUUUCACAAACGACACACCGAUCGUCUAACUCGAUCGACCUUCACUUGUCUCUAUCCACAAAGGCUUCUCAACAUCAUAGCAGCCAACACCAUGGCCGUGUAAAUUGCCGUCUCAACCUCACCUCGACUUCGUCCAUCGCCCUUUAUGAGUCAGCACCCUCCACGAGUCUCCCCCACCGACGAAAACAUCCCCUCUCCAAGUCCUGUAUACCCAAAACCUCGCUCGGCCGUCCCUUCAUACUUGUUGAACGGAGGGUCUCCUCUCCGCCCUCCCACCAAGUCUAGGGCCCAAGAACGAGAGAGUUUGGCCUCGUCCAUUCGAAGUACAUAUGGUAGGAGAAAGACUAUUGAUUUAGGUGAUCCUCAGUCUUCUUCACGUCAUAUGUCUGCUCUCUCGUGGACCGGCCUGACCGACGGUGAUCCCUCGUCCGACCCUAAGAGGCCUACUUUGCACGACCCUGCGAGGGACAUUCGCGAUGAAGCCCCUGCCACCCCGCCUGCCACUGCCUCGCGUCCCGCCAGUCCCUAUACAAUGAACCCUCCCAUCGACUUUGAUGGGCUCAGUUGGCCCUGCAUUGGCACAAGAGAAAGACUGGAACAGACUCCAGAAGAGGCCCAGGCUCGACUUGACAAACUCGCCGGCGCAGUCAGAACAAUUUUCGAGUGCAUUGGAGAGGACCCCGACCGCGAGGGCAUCCGCGACACUCCUGAUCGGUAUGCCAAAGCCUUAAUGUAUUUCACAAAAGGGUAUGAAGAGAACGUCCGAGAUCUGGUCAACGGCGCAGUUUUUCACGAGGACCAUGAUGAAUUGGUCAUUGUCAAGGACAUUGAAGUUUUUAGCCUGUGUGAACACCACAUGGUCCCCUUUAUUGGCAAAAUGCAUAUUGGCUACAUUCCUAACAGAAGGGUUCUCGGUCUAAGCAAGCUGGCUCGACUGGCUGAGAUGUUUUCGAGGAGAUUGCAAGUUCAAGAGAGGUUGACUAAGCAAGUCGCCCUCGCCAUAGCUGAAGUCUUGAAACCGCAAGGCGUCGCCGUUGUCAUGGAAUCAAGCCAUUUAUGCAUGGUCAUGAGAGGUGUCCAAAAGACUGCCAGCAGUACAACUACCAGUUGCAUGUUGGGUGCUAUGAGAAGUAGUGCAAAGACCCGAGAAGAGUUCUUGAGUCUUUUGAACCGGAAGUGAAGGAUCAUCCUUCAAGUCUGCCUUUCUCAACUUUCGGGCAGACUCAGCACCAUCACACUUGACGUUGCGGCAUUCCUCAACAGUAACCUUCGCGUCCAGUUGGUCAAGCACAGCUCCGUGGGUCCACGAAGCUCGGUCCCUUGCUUUCUCCGGGCCAUCAGCACACACUACAUGCUAUGCUCUGGUCUCGUCAAGAUUUCGUGCCUGAGAGACAAAAUAAGAGGGGCGUACCCGCCCGAAAGCGGUCGUGGAUCGACCAGCAGUGGCAGCGUCCAUUCUCCCCAUAAUGAUAUAUAUGUUCCCAUAAGGUGACUGCGCUUUUCUCUCACCACGCCCCUACGCAGCCGUCAGGGCCCAUUUGAGACUCAACUUUCAUUCGGACGCAAGGUGUUCAAAUUCAUCUUCAUUCGAUGCCCAUGCUAAAUAUGGCAUACACUAAACACCAAGACUUGAUGAUAUGGACUAACUUUGUAUAUGGGUUUCAAAGAUGUCUUUGGGGUUCCCGUAGCUACUUUUCGCUUCACGUUUCUGAGACAGGAUCCAAGCCAUGUAUCGACGUUUUCAUGGGAACGAUUCCUCUGAAUGUCUCCCACAUAACAAAUGUUGGGUUUCUCUGUACCCUGCUGUAUAUGCAUGUCAUGAAUGCCGCCUCUGAUGCCGUUCUACACGGUAUGAAUUUACAUAAAUCCCCGACCCGAGCUUUAGGUCCAAAACCCUUGAUCACUAUUGGGUGGGCUGACGCCAGCGAAUUCAACACAAGAUACGAGUUUCC